AUGCAGGAAGCCCCCGAGAACAAGGAAGCCCUCGAGAUAGAGGAAGCUGCCGAGACUGAGGAAACGCCCGAGACGGAGGAAGCCCUCGACACCGAGGAAGGCCCUGAUACUGAGGAAGCCGCCGAGACCGAGAAAGCCACCGACAGGGAGCAAGCCCCAGAGACAGAGGAAGGCCUCGACUCGAGGAAGCCCCUGACGAGGAGGGACGAAGGACACGAGACGGAUGAAGGCCCCGAGACGGAGAAGGCCCCGGAUAUGGAGGAAGCCCCGAUAUGGAGGAAGCCCCGAGAUCGAGGAAGCCCCCGAGACCGAGGAAGAACCCGUGAGACGGAGGAAGGCCCCGAGACGGAGGAAGCCCCUUACAUGGAGGAAGCCCCUUACAUGGAGGAAGCCCCCGACAUUGAGGAAACCCCCGACAUGGAGGAAGCCCCUGGCAUGGAGGAAGCCCCUGGCAUGGAGGAAGCCCCUG